AUGGACAUGAAUGGGAAUGCAGUAUACAGAUAACUCUGAUCGGCGCGAGGCAUGUCCAUCAAAGUGAAGAGGUGGUUCGAGGCUGCUGACUUUCCAGUGGAGUCGCAUUGCCUUUGGGGACAGCAUUCAGUUCGGCCGGCCUACUUCCAAUAUGUGCUUGAUCACAAGCCUAAGCUGCAUGAUGCCAUGCAAUACUUCACGCACAAACGACAGAUGGAACUACUGAACAGGACAGCAUUCUUUGUCCCUUUUGAGCAAAGAAGCUGUGAAGAGUUCCUCGAGACAGAAACGGUGGUUGGAGCAGUCUACAUGAAGAGCUUCGGUCGAACGUCUUCCUCCGGUUCCCUUGGGUGUCCGAUUGGAUGAUGAGAAAAAGUCCUGCAACCUACGGUUCUCUACGUGGAAGACGACCAGAUGCCUGCAGAACGCUGACGCUGUAGAUGAUUGGGCUAUCCAGUCUCCUGACUUGAACAAUGCCAAACAGCUUCAAGGUGGAAGUGACAAAGGCCUCAAUGAUGACCGCUGAGCUAUGCCAAACACGCUGGGCAAAGACAUUCAUGAGACGACCGCGGCUUUGUCGAGCAAAAUCCCCUUGAUGUCGCCGCUUUGAGAAAAGAGAC